AUGGGUCUUUGUCUCACCUCCCAGGGUGCACGACACCUCCCACGGUGCACGACACCUCCCAGGGUGUGCACACCUCUCAGGGUGCACGACACCUCCCAGGGUGUGCACACCUCUCAGGGUGCACGACACCUCCCAGGGUGCACGACACCUCCCAGGGUGCACGACACCUCCCAGGGUGCACGACACCUCCCAGGGUGUGCACACCUCUCAGGGUGCACGACACCUCCCAGGGUGUGCACACCUCUCAGGGUGCACGACACCUCCCAGGGUGCACGACACCUCCCAGGGUGCACGACACCUCCCAGGGUGCACGACACCUCCCAGGGUGCACGACACCUCCCAGUGUGCACGACACCUCCCAGGGUGCACGACACCUCCCAGGGUGCACGACACCUCCCAGUGUGCACGACACCUCCCAGUGUGCACGACACCUCCCAGUGUGCACGACACCUCCCAGUGUGCACGACACCUCCCAGGGUGCACGACACCUCCCAGGAUGUGCACACCUCUCAGGGUGCACGACACCUCCCAGGGUGCACGACACCUCCCAGGGUGCACGACACCUCCCAGGGUGCACGACACCUCCCAGGGUGUGCACACCUCUCAGGGUGCACGACACCUCCCAGGGUGCACGACACCUCCCAGUGUGCACGACACCUCCCAGGGUGCACGACACCUCCCAGGAUGUGCACACCUCUCAGGGUGCACGACACCUCCCAGGGUGCACGACACCUCCCAGGGUGCACGACACCUCCCAGUGUGCACGACACCUCCCAGGGUGCACGACACCUCCCAGGGUGCACGACACCUCCCAGGGUGCACGACACCUCCCAGGGUGCACGACACCUCCCAGGGUGCACGACACCUCCCAGGGUGCACGACACCUCCCAGUGUGCACGACACCUCCCAGGGUGCACGACACCUCCCAGGGUGCACGACACCUCCCAGGAUGUGCACACCUCUCAGGGUGCACGACACCUCCCAGGGUGCACGACACCUCCCAGUGUGCACGACACCUCCCAGGGUGCACGACACCUCCCAGGGUGCACGACACCUCCCAGUAUGCACGACACCUCCCAGGGUGCACGACACCUCCCAGGAUGUGCACACCUCUCAGGGUGCACGACACCUCCCAGGGUGCACGACACCUCCCAGUGUGCACGACACCUCCCAGGGUGCACGACACCUCCCAGGGUGCACACCUCCCAGGGUGCACGACACCUCCCAGGGUGCACGACACCUCCCAGUGUGCACGACACCUCCCAGUGUGCACGACACCUCCCAGGGUGCACGACACCUCCCAGUGUGCACGACACCUCCCAGUGUGCACGACACCUCCCAGUGUGCACGACACCUCCCAGGGUGCACGACACCUCCCAGGGUGCACGACACCUCCCAGGGUGCACGACACCUCCCAGGGUGCACGACACCUUCCAGGGUGCACGACACCUCCCAGGGUGCACGACACCUCCCAGGGUGCACGACACCUUCCAGGGUGCACGACACCUCCCAGGGUGCACGACACCUCCCAGGGUGCACGACACCUCCCAGGGUGCACGACACCUCCCAGGGUGCACGACACCUCCCAGGGUGCACGACACCUCCCAGGGUGCACGACACCUCCCAGGGUGCACGACACCUCCCAGGGUGCACGACACCUCCCAGGGUGCACGACACCUCCCAGGGUGCACGACACCUCCCAGGGUGCACGACACCUCCCAGGGUACAAAAGAUACACCAUCUCCCGUGAUCAACGUACACUAA